CAAGCAUUAAAUACGAACUCGCCCGGCGUGACCGACCAUGGCGACCGAAGGCAUGCAUGACGUGAACUGGCACAAGAUCUUCCCGAAGCGGAUCCCCGUGAUCCUUCGGGAUUUGGCGCCGCUAAAUGCGUUCAACCCGACAAACUUGUGGCCGGAAGAGGCGGCUCCCGCGGCGGCGUCGCCGGACGCGGACAAGGGCAAAAAGGAAAAAAAAGACAAGAAGGCACCGGUGCUCAAGAAGGCCGACUUGAUCCGCCUGCAGCUCGCAAAGGACCUCGAAGAGAAAAAGAGCAAGCAGGACGAGGAAAAACUCAGCAACGCCAAGUAUGUCAACCUCAUGGACAUGAAAAUGGCCACUGCGGCUGGCCGCAUGAAGCAGCUGUACGAGAUCAAGAAGGAAUUCCUCGCCAAGAAGAACUACAUUGACGCCGUUGACACGUUAUGGGAAAUCCAGCACAUGACGUCCAAGGCCAACGCGCCCCCGUCCGAAGACGAAGUCGUCGUCCACAAAAAGUACAAAAAGUACGCCAAGAAAGCUAUCGACUACCUCAAGGAUACGCCGCUCAUUCCGUUCCAGCUCACGGAAAUGAGCGAUCGGCUGCCACCCCUCAACUUGCACCACAUGAACAAGUUCAUCCUGGAUACAUGGCAGAAGGAAGUCUUGACCCACAUCGACCAAAAGCACUCGGUCGUCGUGUGCGCGCCGACGAGUUCCGGGAAAACGGUCCUGUCGUCGUACGUGUCGGUGAUCGGGGGGAAGGUGCUCUUCAUUGCGCCGACGGAGCCUCUGGUGUGGCAAGUGGCGGCGCUCUUUCAAGCGAUGGUUAAGGGGACAGUCGCGUUGGUGACCAAGGGCACGGUGUUCCUUCCCGAAGGCUUCCGCAUUUGCGUCGGUACCCCCGCCGCGGUCGAAUCGGCGCUUCUCGACAUUGGGUACGACUUUCAGUACUGCGUGUUUGACGAAGUACACGACUUGAACGGCGCCGAGGGGGACGCGCUGGAGCGCAUCGUGAAAUCGAUGUCGUGUCCGUUUUUGGCUCUGUCGGCGACGAUCGGCAACGCGACGAAAGUGGCCGAGUGGUGGCGCGAAUUCCACCCGAACCCGAUCCACUUGCUCGAGUACCGCGGCCGCUUCAUCAACUUGCAACGCCUUGUGUUCCAAAAGUCCAAGGUUGUCGAACUGCAUCCGUGUGCCGCGGUCACGCUCGAGUACUUGGUCGAACAAGGGUUUGCCGCCGGCGACUUGGCCUUCACACCGCGCGACACGUAUGCGCUGUGGAACGCCAUGUGGAAAGUCUAUCCACACGAGCUGAUCGAAGACAUUGCGCCGGAGAAGUACUUCAACUCGCUCGUCCAGCCAUCAGCGGCAGGUGGUGCGGUCGCUUCAGAGAAAAAAAGCAAGAAGAAGUCGGAUGACAAGAAAUCGAGCUCCAAAAAGUCGAGCAGCAAAAAGUCCAAGGACGGCGACGACGACGACGACAAUUUGGACUUUUUGAACCCGAUGUGCCACCGCAUCACGCUCCUCGAGUCCAAGCAGUACGAAGAAGUGGUGAAGGCUCGUCUCCAGUCACUGGCGGCCAAGUUCCCCGCCGAAACCCAAACAUUGCUCAAGGGGUUCAGUCUGUCGAACCUAGAGUCGACCGAAUUGAACGUGACAGCGCUCAUUUUCGACCUCGUUGCCAAACAGUUGAUCCCGGCGAUUUGCUUUCAACUGGAUUCGGUGCGAUGCCGUCAACUGUUUGACGAACUCCUCGCAGGGAUCGAAGCCGCACAGGACGCCAAGUACCCUGGCUACCGCCUCAAGGUCGAAGAAGAGUACGCCGAGUGGGAGCGCCAGCAAGAAGCCGCCAAGAAGGCGAAGGCGAAGAGCAAGGCGUUGCAAGAAGACCAAGAACGGGAAGCGCAGGAAUUCCAAGAGUCGAACGCUCCCGACAUCUAUGCCCCGCACCCCGAGUUUGUCCUCACGCCCCCCGGAUUCCGUCUCUCUGCAGCUGAAUUUCGCGAAAUCAAGUGGCAAUUGCGCCGCGAACUGUCGGAAAGCUCUGACGACGGCCACCCGUUGGUACGAUCGCUGCGCCGAGGGAUUGCCAUCUACAACGAAAACUUGCCGGCCGCGUACCUCCGCAUCGUGCAAUCGCUGGCCCAAGCCGGUCGUUUGGCCGUUGUGUUUUCGGACGAAGCGCUCGCGUACGGUGUGAACAUGCCGUUCCGCACGUGUUGUUUCUGCGAAGAUGCACCUGCGUUGAGCUCGCUCAUGGUGCAGCAAAUGGCCGGGCGUGCCGGGCGUCGUGGGCUCGAUCGCCAGGGGAACAUUGUGUUUAGCGGCAUCGAAUGGGGCCGCAUGCAAGAACUCAUGCGCGGGCUCUUGCCCAAUGUUGACGGCAACACACACAACCUGUACCCGACGUUGUGUCUUCAGUCGUUCUUGGCGCCAAACGUCGUCACGUCAGAGCUGGUCGAGCGUAUGGCUGGUCAUUCGCUGCCUCAUUUCAUGCGCGGCGACCGCGUCACGGGCUACUUGGACCAAAGCCGCAAGUUUAUGACUGCCGUUGGCUUGCUGUCGCCCACAGGACAACUUAACGUGGACACGUCGAUCGCGCGAUUGAUUUGGGAAUGCCGCAAGGACGUGGCCGAGUCGAUUGGGAUUUUUCAUUUGCUUGAACUCAUGCUGACCGAAUUUGGCCGCGUCCCGGGGGACAACAUCGGCCACCAACUUGCACUCUUCAACAUGCUCCUCCGCGUCGUUGGUCGCGAGCCGUACCAUUCUGAGUACGCGCAUGCAUCGGCGUUGACGGUGGUCUCGGGGCAAGAGGCGGUCUGGGACAAGGUGACAGUGAUCCUACAGUCGCUCCACGACAAGGUGGCUGCUUUGGACUGCCCGGAUUUGGUACUUCCCGUGGCACUGGACGCCCCGCUCGACGGCUACGUGUGGAGCACGUUGGUGGAGAACGUGAUUCCGUCGGGGCUCAAGACGGCCCAGUUGAAUGCGAUCAAGAAGCGUCUCUGGCACGUCGGCGACAAGCUCCGAUUGAUGCACAACUUGCUCAUGUACAGCGGCCGGUACGGCGUGCUGGAGGAAAUCGUGCGCAAAUGCUUCCGACGCAUCAAGUGGAUCUUGAUCGACUCGGAAGUGUAAUCGGCGCAGCGAGUGACGAGCCCACGCGAAAGCGAACCAGUAACGGAUGCAACACAUAGAACUGCGUAUACAUGGCUUCGACGGGCGCAGGCUCCAUCUCGCCACAGGGCUAACUUUGACGAUAGCUGGGCCAACCUUCCCUGUAGGCGCCUAAUGCGCGCUGUACGUUGAGCUGCACCAGUGACCGUCUAUUGCAUUAGGAUUGUUGGAACGUUGCAUCACUUGUCCAUCACGUUGGGUGUUCGACCAGCCCUGUGUCGGAUCGUUGAAACUAUAUCCAACGCUCCUGCAUGCGGACCAAGCGCAGGCCGGUCGCACGUGCGCGUUGGCGCAUGCACAAGCUUGAGAAGGACAGCACAGGCACACUGCAUCGCGGGGUAAAGCCCGCGCGCAACGGCUGCGGCCGACACUUGCGCGAUGGGUG